CGUCGUCAUCGCGUCCGGUCCGGCAGCCAUACCCCGGACUUUGUGUGUCUUCUCUUCCUCAUUGCUGUUGGAACAUCAAUCCAACCCACCAAUCCCAGAAGGAACUUUUGGCCCAUUGUCCUAGCCGGCCCUGUUCCUGAAAGCUACCCAAGCAUCAAAGGCAGCCAACCACGCGCCAAUUGUACCCCGCUCGUCCCAUUGGAGAGGGUAUCAUCGCCGCCAUUCUCGACCUCACCAUCGGCCCAGCCUCGCCCUGCCCUGCUGCUUGUCCGGAGCUGGCUCCCCUGCACCUCACCUCAAUUCAUGAGCAAUUGGAUUACCUAGCACAUCUACGGAGUAGCUAGCUACCUUACACGGAUACGCCUACCUUGGGACUUGCUCCGCACGCUCAUACCCCGGCUUCCUGCAUCUCGGCUCGCCCAACGUUACUUGCCAUUGACCGCGAAAGAAAAAGCUUUCUCACGCUACGACUAGCUAACUAGUCAGUCAUUAGCUCGGCCCAGCUUGUUUUGUUUGUCUUCUUCUUGCCGGGGCCAACCACCAAGCACCAAGCACCAGACAAGCGAAAGGAUUCCACCACCACAUGUUCGUCUAGACGCUCCAGUAACAUCAUGCCGUCGCAUCCAAUCCGUUGAUCGGCCCUUGCUACUGCUUCUUUCUGGUCUCGUCCUUCUCUUCUUCCCACGCGUCCGGGAUACGGUGUACCUCUCCCCGACCCGUCAUCCCCCUCACCCCAGAGUAGAGUGGAGCUGGUUCUCUGCACUCUGCGGCCCUGCUCUGCCAUCCUCGAGCUGCAUAACGUAGCUUCGUUGGUCCGAUGAUCAGAAUCGUCCCAUUCGUACUGCCAUGUGCAAGUCUCUCCGCUCCUCCCGCAUGAGGGGAGGAGCACCAUUGCCAUUGGGAUAUAAGCUCCCGCUUCAUCCCACCUUCCCCUCUCACAGGCUCUGCUGUCCGUCCUCCCGUCAUCAUCCUCUGCUCUGGUCCGCCGUCCUCUGUGCUUCAAUCCUCUGUUACCUUGCCUGGCACACCUACACGAUGCGCUCAACAUUCCUCCCCGUCGCCGUCGGAGCUCUGCUCGCCCCGGCCACCUCCCUCGCCCAGUUCGUUGGCGGAUCCGGUGGUAACACCACGGCUCCCUCCUCGCUGGGUCCUGACAAGGACGGCAAGUACUGGAUCUCCAGCGAACACAUCAAGGCCGCCUUCAUUCCCUACGGUGCCUCCGUCUCCGACUUCAUCAUCAACGACAAGUACGGCAUCCCCCGCGACAUUGUUGCUGGCUGGGACAACGCCACCUACUACGAGACGGAUCGCCAGCACCCCCAUUUCGGUGGUGUUCCUGGUCGCUACGCGAACCGUAUCAAGAACGGCACCUUUGAGAUUGAUGGUGAGAAAUACCAGAUCGAUCUCAACGACAACAAUGGCCUCGACACCCUCCACGGAGGCUCUGAUGGAUGGGACUGGCGCAACUUCACCAUUGUCUCCCACACCAACAACAGCAUCACCUUCUCCUUCACCGACCCCGACGGAAAGGAGGGUUUCCCCGGCGAAGUCGUGUCGCUCAUCACCUACACCCUCAACGGCUGGAACUGGGAUUUCAAGAUGAUCGCCGUCCCCACCACCAAGAAGACGCCCAUCAUGCUCAGCUCUCACACCUACUGGAACCUCGACGGCUUCUCCAACAACGAGACCAGCUUGGCUCUCAACCACACCCUUCACAUGCCCUACAAUGGCCAGAGAGUGGGCGUUGACAACAUUCUCAUCCCCACCGGUGAGAUCCUUGCCAACGAGAAGGGCUCCGUCAACGACUUCUGGAGCGCGCCCAAGCAGAUUGGUGCCGACUUCUCCAAGCCCGAGCUCAAGAACAACUGCGGUUUCAAUUGCACUGGCUAUGACAACUGCUGGAUCGUCAACCGCAACGACCUGGGCCCCUACAACUGGCGCACCGAGGGCUACGUCGCCCGCAUGCAGUCCGAGUGGUCCGGUAUCCAGCUCGAGGUCUACACCGACCAGGACGCCUUCCAGAUGUACAGCUGCAGUCAGCAGAACGGCUCCGUGGCCCUCAAGAAGAGCCAGGGUCUCUUUGACGACGCCAAGUUCCCCCGCAUCAUCCCCAAGUACGGCUGCGUCGUGCUCGAGGUCCAGGACUGGAUCGACGGCAUCAACAACCCCGCCUGGGGCCGCACCAAGAAGCAGAUCUACGAGCCCGGCGGUGACCCGUACGUCCUCCAGGCCAGCUACCGCUUCAGCAUCAACUCCACUUCCAGUUCGUAG